AAUCGUGUUUAUAAGCAUUGUACUGAAUUCACCAGCACCAGCCGUGUGCCCUGUGUUGAUUCUACAUUCCUUGAUGAGCCCAAUGGUCUCAUAAAAUUCAAAGUGUGUACCAAUUGUGAUCCAGGUUAGAAUGGUCCUUUGUGUCUGCACCCGUGGAGGCUAUUGAGGGGAGGACUGCUCAUAAUAAUGGCCGGAAUGGAGCAAAUGGAAUGGCAUCAAACACCUGGAAACCAUGUGUUGGAUGUAUUUGAUACCAUUCCACUGAUUUUGCUCCAGUCAUUACCACGAGCCUGUUCUCCCCAAUUAAGGUGGCACCCACCUCCUGUGGUCUGCACUGAAAUCCUGACACAGACACUGAUAUGUUAGUCUCUGCUGUUAUGCUAUGAGAAUAUGUCAGUUGUAUCUGCAUCAGAUAAUACAUGCCAUUUCUUCUCCAAAGGUUUGGGUUUGAAGGUAAAGCAGCCAUGUACACCUUCAUCAAACACUGUCUGUUGGACACUGGAGGGGUUCUACUGUCUAGACCCAACUAAGGAUGGUUGUAGAGCAGCCCAGAGACACAGCAGCUGUAAACCUGGUCAAUACAUCAGCCACACA